AUGUCUUCCUCACCUGUCAUGGAGUGGCUCCAGGAGCACAUACCGCAUCCGAAAAGCAUUAUGCGUUACGUCUUGACGCUUCUACCGCUGCCUCUUUGGCUCAUCACUUACCGCCUACCUUGGCUUCUUCGAGAUGCUAUUGCUGGACUGGCAGUCGGCUUAGUCAUGAUACCACAGUCGAUUGUGUAUGCACAGUUCGCCAAUGUGACAACCGCUCAUGGUCUAUACACGUCGUUCGCUGGCUUGCUGUUGUAUUUUUUCCUGGGUACUUCAAAGAACAUCGCCGUCUCGGCCACUGCCAUCGGCUCUUUACUUAUGGGACAUAGCACUCACGUUGUGCUAUCAAAACUUGGGGUCGGAAUGUACAGCACCGAAGAAGUCGCGCAUGGCAUAACCAUUUUUGCUGGCUGUAUUUGUUUUGUGGUUGGGGCACUGAAGCUUAGCCGGUUGGUUGGUCUCGUCCCCCCAGUAGCUGUCAAUGCAUUUACUACAGCCACAUGCAUCAAAGUGAUGAUGACGCAGCUUCCGGUUUUGUUUGGCUUGCGCGGUGUAAGUACACGAGGUCCGCCCUACGUUACCAUCAUAGGAACUUUUCGAUAUAUUUCCCAUAUGAGGAUCGACGCUGCAUUCGGCAUUUCCACCAUUGUCGUCCUCGUUGCUUUUGGACGUUUGUGUGCCAUAAUGGCAAAACGUCAGACGACUAAAAAGCAAUUCUGGGAUUGUUUCGCGUCGUUUCGCCUGCCGAUCACUGUUGGGUUGUCCACCAUCAUCAGCUACAUUAUCAACCAUAGCCACGAUCCUAGUACCUCUCCUUUCAGUCUCGUAGGUUACAUUGAGCCUGGCCUACAAAGAGUCCAGAUUCCCCGUUGGCCAGAGGUGGGGUUGAUCACAGCUUUGUUGCCGAAGAUUCCAGCAAUCAUCAUCAUCAUGUUGGUUGGGCAAACAGCUCUUGUCAAGCGAAGCCCGGUAUCAAACGGUUACCAAGUGGAUCCGUCAAAGGAAAUCAUAGCCCUCGGAGCCGCCAAUAUGCUCACUCCUUUUGCUGGAGGAUAUCUUUGCACAAGUUCAUUUGGUGCGUCUACAAUACUUUCAAAGGCGGGUAGUCGAUCACCACUGGCAUGCGCAUUUGCUGCUCUGACCAUCUACCUGGCGCUCACCUAUGCUGUUCGCGCACUUUCAUACAUUCCCAACGCUUCGCUAGCUGGUAUUAUCGUCCAUUCAAUGUACCACGGUAUCACUGGUGCAAAGACUCUCCGACGAUAUUGGCAAGCAAUGCCUUUUGAGUUGCUCAUAUGGAUACUCUCUGUGGUAAUAGGUUUGAUGUACUCGCUGGAAUGGUCAAUCUACCUGGCAACUAUUUUAAUGUCGUUAUUGGUGUUCAUGCGACUGAGCAAAACGUCUCGCCAGGCCUCCAAUGCAAUUGGUGAACGAUGCUCUGAAAGAAUGUACACAGAAAUUGCUUUCAGCCCCGACGGUCAAAUUAGGACGCCAUAUCCCGGCGUCUUUGUAUUUUACUUGAAAGACAGUUUAUUCUAUUUCAAUGAGUCAGACUAUUUCGGCAAUUUGCUUCGUCAUAUCCAAAGCAAUGUUCAAUGUCCAGUGAAGCUUGGAAUCAGAAAAACACGGGCGCAACAAUGGCUUGAAUCGAUACUGAAUAUCCCUGAAAACCCAGAUCCAGAGUCGCUACCUCGCAUUCGGUCCAUUAUUUUAGAUUUCCAGCGAGUAGGCUUUGUCGAUUCGGCGGCUAUUGAGGGGCUAAUUAAGCUACGUGAGAGGGUCAAUCAAUAUACUGAGCCAGACAAGGCAGAGUGGUAUUUUGCAAAUGUACAUGAUCGCUGGACAAGAUGGGCAUUGAAAUCAGUGAAAUUUGGAAACGAGACUUAUCAUAGAGACUUGCUAGAUGCUGUGGAUGUGGCGACGAAGAAUGCGCGAGAGAAGGAUCUAGAAUUGGUCGUCUGA